CGACGACAACGCGCGCGAGAGAGACGUCGCGCGUCCUGUCUUGUUUUCUCUCCGUCUCCCUCUGCCAGCUUAUAAACAGAAUUCCGGGGUCUUCCUUGAUCAGUUCGUCAAGUAGAGUUGAGAAGUGUUGAGAAUCAAGUGAGAAACGCCAUGUUUUCCUCAGUCAGGCUGUCGGUGAACCGCAGCAGCCGAGAAAUCGCCAGGGAGAUAAGGAGGCACAUCAGCAAGACGUCCAGCGUCCCCAACAGCGACGCUAUAUCCAGGCAGCAAGACAACAAGCUGAAAGUCAACCUCGAAUUGGCUGGGAAUAACAGGAACUUGUCUAGUAAAUGGAGCAAACUCAGCAGACACAAUAACAUCAGAGCCUUAUCCACCAUCCAGACCAAAGUCAAACCUCCAGAGACCAACACGCCCUUGGUGUCCAAGGAAGAGAGCCGCCAGUUCAUGGCCAUCUUCCCCGAUAUCGUCAGGGAUCUGACGGAUGCCGGUAGACAUACAGAUAUCCCCGAAGUCACGAAAAGAUUCGCCAAAGUAUUACAGUACAACGUUCCAACAGGUAAAAAGAUCAGGGGGCUAUCGACCGUGAUAGCGUACAAGAUGCUGGAGAAACCUGAAAACCUUACACCUGAGAACAUAAGACUGGCCAACAUCUUAGGAUGGUGUGUUGAAUUGCUGCAAACCAAUUUCGUAAUCGUUGAUGAUAUUAUGGAUAAAUCAGAAAAUCGGCGUGGCGUUCCUUGUUGGUUCAGAAAUCCAGAUGUCGGCUUGCAAGCUAUCAAUGACGCUAUCCUCGUAGAGUGUGGGCUAUACCAAUUACUAAAGAAGCAUUUCUCUUCCCUCCCCUGUUAUGUCCCUAUCCUUGAAUUGUUCCACGAUAUUACCUUUAAGACUUCUAUGGGGCAGUCAUUGGACGGCCUUAGUAUGAAAGAUGACAAACCUAGAUUGGAUGUCUUCGAUAUGAACCGCUAUUUAACAACUGUAAAAUAUAAGUGCGGAUAUUAUACAUUCCAACUUCCCGUUGCUUGUGGUCUGUUCUUAGCUAAUAUAUUUGACGAAGAAUUACACCGUCAAGCCAAGACAAUCCUUUUGGAAAUUGGAACAUUCUUUCAGAUACAGGAUGACUUUUUGGAUUGCUUUGGCAAUCCGGAAGUGACAGGAAAGAAGGGGAAUGACAUCAAAGAAGGCAAAUGCUCUUGGCUAGCAGUAGUCGCUUUGCAAAGAGCCAACCCUGCCCAACGGAAAUUAAUGGAGGAGCAUUAUGGAAGAGAUGAACAGCAGUCCAUUCAAAUUAUACGCAACUUAUACGAGGAACUGAGUCUUCCUUCCACUUACGCGACUUACGAAGAGGAAAGCUUUAAUUUAAUUCGUACCCAAGUUCAACAAAUUUCCAAGGGGUUGCCUCAUGAUUUAUUCUUCAAACUUAUGAAACAAAUAUAUAAACGCGACUUCUAAAUUUUGUUCCGAUUUUGAGGUUAUGGGCGUUGGAUGGGGGAGGGGAAAAUGAAUAAUAUUUUUUUAUCGUAAAUUUGAGGAUGAAUAUUUGUGUACUGAAAGAAAAAUCUAAUUUAUUUAGUAAAUAUAAAUAUUGAUUAGAUAGUAUAGUAAUAAAAUAUUUAUUUACAUAUAAUAGUUAUGUUAUUGAAAUAAUUUCUCUUUCUAGUUUUCCUGAUUGGCAAUAAGUAUGUUUUUCGUUAUUUUUAUAUGAUUUUUUAUGAUAUUCUUAGAAUAAAAUUUAUGUACCUA